AUGUGGCUGGCUCUGGCUCUGCUCUCCGUGCUCCAUGGGAUGGCAGCCGGGGAAUGCUUGUUGAAUUCCCCAUAUCCCAAGAAUCCAGAGGCAAGGAUGAACAUUAGUGAAAUGAUCUCCUUCUGGGGGUACCCCAGCGAGGAGUAUGACGUGGUGACAGAAGAUGGCUACAUCCUUCAGCUGAACAGAAUUCCUCAUGGCAAAGGGAAUUCUGGGUGCCAAGGUGUGAGGCCCGUGGCACUCCUGCAGCAUGGUCUCCUUGCAGAAGGCAGCAUCUGGCUCGCCAACUUGGCCAACAACAGCCUGGGCUUCAUCCUGGCAGAUGCUGGCUACGAUGUCUGGAUAGGAAACAGCAGAGGGAACACCUGGUCCAGGAGGCACCAGGUGCUGACCACCACACAGGAUGAGUUCUGGGCUUUCAGCUUUGAUGAGAUGGCUAAAUAUGAUCUCCCAGCCAUGAUCAGCUUCAUUGAGCAGAAAACAGGACAGAAACAACUCUAUUACAUUGGCCAUUCCCAAGGCACCACCAUAGGUUUUAUAGCUUUUUCCACUAUGCCUGAGCUGGCUCAGAAAAUCAAGGUGUUCAUUGCUCUUUCGCCUGUGACCACGGUGAUAUUUUCUCAGAGCCCAUUUAGAAAACUCUCAGUCUUUUCUGACUCUGGGCUUAAGGAGCUCUUUGGCACGAGGGAGUUCCUGCCCCACACUGCCCUGGGGGAGGUGGUCCUCUCCAGGUUCUGCUCCUGCUCCAAGGUCUGCAAGCACAUCCUGGCUUCAAUUUUCGGGUUCAACUGGAAGAACACAAACAUGAGCCGGUUCGAUGUGUACAUGGGGCACAACCCGGCGGGCUCCUCCGUGCAGAACAUCAUCCACUGGCUGCAGGGAGUCCACGGUGGGGCACUGAGAGCUUUUGAUGGGGGGCACAUGUACAACAGCCUUCACUACAGACAGACCGGGGCCCCGUUCUACGACGUGCAGGACAUGGAGGUGCCCACGGCCAUCUGGAACGCGGGCCGGGACUGCCUGGCCGACCCGCGGGACACGGCGCUGCUGCUGCCCCAGGUCAGGAACCUGGUGCACCACAAGCUCAUCCCCCACUGGAACCACAUGGACUUCGUGCUGGGCCUCGACGCCAACGAGGUUCUGUACCGCGAAAUCCUGGACAUCAUGAAGAAGCACCCCUAA